GGAAGAUAUGUCUGGAACAAAUACCGCCGUUUACGUUGGCAACUUCACAGUGGACUAUCAGUCCAUGCAGUCACGUGACCCGGAUUACCUGCACCGGUAUGCCGCGACUGGAGGAGGAACAUCAAUUAUGUCGAACCGUAUUAGUCAUGUAUUCAAUCUCCAAGGACCAAGGUGAGGAACAGGCAACCAUGGUAUCCAUGCCCUUGCGCUACGCUGCUGACCGCAUCCAGUUUAACCCUAGACACUGCUUGCUCAUCAUCAAUAUACGCUCUUCAUCAUGCCGUUAAUGCGAUCAAGAAUGGCGACUGCGAUGGGGCUAUUGUCGCUGGCGCAAACUUAAUAACAUCACCAGAACAGCAUCUGGGAACGGCAAAGGGGGGCUUUCUAUCACCUACUUCAGCCUGUCACACCUUUGACACGUCCGCCGACGGCUACGCACGUGCAGAAGGUGUAAACGCCAUAUACAUCAGACGGUUAUCGUCGGCGAUAACAGACAAAAACACAAUCCACGCAGUCAUCCGCGGAACAGCUAUCAAUUCAAAUGGAAAGACACCUGGUAUAACACUGCCAAGUGCAACGAUGCAGGAAGUAGUGGUGAGGAGAGCAUAUGAAAAUGCCGGCCUUGAAUUUGCGGAUACCGACUACAUCGAGUGCCACGGAACUGGCACCGCGGUCGGGGACCCUAUUGAAGUCGAUGCAUUGGCGAGCUGCUUCGCAGCGCGUCCUGGAGAAGCGCUGAAGAUAGGAUCGGUGAAAACGAACCUGGGUCACAGUGAAGCCGCCAGUGGCCUAACAUCAAUCCUAAAGGUUGCAUUGGCGUUUAAGCAUGGUUUGAUUCCACCCACCUAUGGAGUAAAGAACCUAAACCCUAAGUUAAAGCUUGAGUCGCGCAAUAUGAAGGUAUUGAACGAAUCAGAGCCCUGGCCUCGUUCGCUUCAACGAGCAAGCAUCAACUCAUUUGGAUACGGUGGUGCUAAUGGCCACGUUAUCCUCGAGUCCGUAGAAAGCUACCUCAACGAAGCACCGCAGCAAGCAAUGACAACACCCAAUGGACACAGUGCAAACGGUGACGCACACUUGAUCAAUGGUCAGGGGUCUAGUCGUACCUUCGUGCUGCCUUUCUCUGCUUCUUCGACCACGUCGCUUGAUACUCGUCGCCAGCAAGUCUGCGAUUUAGUCGAGAGACCCGAAGUAGCGGAGAAGAAUGGCCUGGAAUCACUGGCGAUUGCUCUGGGCAAACGUGGAGACCUUAGGCUGCGCGGCUUUGUUCUAGCUGCUGAUGAGCCGAAGUCUACGCUGAUUGAAGCAGCUGAUGGAGAACAGGCACCGGCAGGUGUACAGCCGCUGCCGUUUGCCUUUGUAUUUACGGGCCAAGGCGCGCAAUACGCAGGUAUGGCGAAAGAGCUUCUUGAGCACAAUCUGGGCUUCCUCGCAAGUAUACGCGAGCUCGAUGGGUUCUUGCAAGCAUUGCCGCCAAAAUACGCGCCGGAUUGGACACUAGAGCAAGCCAUACUCGAUCCACCCGAGACGAGCAAGGUGAAUGAGGUAACUCGCAGCCAACCCCUCUGCACCGCUAUUCAGAUUGCUCUAGUCCAGCUCUUGCGUCGCUGGGGAGUGAAUCCAACAGCCGUGAUUGGUCAUUCAUCCGGCGAGAUCGCAGCUGCCUAUGCCGCAGGCUUACUCACAGAGGCCCAGGCCAUACUAGCAGCCUACUUCCGCGGCUACGUCGUCGGACAGAUGAAAGCUCAAGGUGCUAUGCUCGCAGCUGGCGUCUCUGCCGCCGACGCCAACAGCUUGAUCCAGGACCUUGGACUAGAUCAAGUGCGCGUUGCGUGUGUCAAUGCUCCUGAUAAUGUCACUCUGAGUGGCUCUGUGCAAAGCAUACAGGCACUAAAGGUCGAGCUGGAGAAACAAAGCAAGUUUGCGCGCGGGUUGCAAACGGGCAACCGAGCUUACCACUCACACAUGAUGGUCGAGGUGGGCAACUUGUAUGAGCAGCUGGUUGCACCAUACUUUAGUGGUAACAAGGAUAGGAGCGGGGUGUCAGGAAGUGCAUGCAAGAUGUACUCCACUGUGGGCAACUCCCCUGAAGACCUUCACGUCGAGAUCGUCGACAGUCUCACCAAUAUGCCUUCCUAUUUCCGCCAGAAUCUUGAGCAACCAGUACAAUUCAGCGCGGUACUAGCGAAGAUGAUUUCUAGCGAGAAGUUCCAUUUGAUCGAAAUUGGACCUCAUUCGGCUCUCAAAGGUCCUUCACAGCAGAUCCGAACCGCCGCCAAGCGUGACAAAGCUUCUACCCCCUAUUCUCCAACAUUGGUUCGUAAAGAAGACGCCGACCUCUGUCUCAAAAAACUAGCCGGCACGCUGUUCACGCACGGCCACACGCUUGAUUGGGAAGCCGUAAAUGGCCUUUCACAUGCGUCAAUGGGACAUCAGAGCGCGGUAGAUCUCCCGCCAUAUCCCUGGGAUUACUCGAAAGAGCUGCCAUGGCAUGAGCCGCGCGCUAGUGUUGAUAUCCGGAACCGGAGACAUAUCCGCCACGAGCUCCUCGGCACGCAGACGGCCGCCGGCAGCGGCAUCGACUGGAGCUGGCGCAAUAUUGUGCAGCUCUCGGAGAUGCCGUGGCUAGCAGAUCACAAACUCGAUCAACAAGUAGUCCUUCCCGGCUCCGCUUACAUGGCAAUGGCAGUCGAGGCUCUCACGCAAGUUCUUGAUCUCAAGGACAAGUUGGUCGCGGGAGGUCAAGCCAUGACAUUUGAGGGCCGCAGCAUCAACAUUAGCGCGCCAUUCUCUGUACGCGACGAAAACGAUGCCCAGUCUGAACACACCGAGUUACACACAACCAUGUGCCGGCGCAAGAUUUCGACAGCAAACUCGUCAACUGACUGGUUCGAGUUUUCCGUGUCUUCGUGGGUUUCUGGUCACACGACGCUCCACUGCACAGGUAGUAUCCGUGUAGUUGAGUCGAGCCUGCCUCAGAAAAAGGGCGAGUCUCCUAAGCGAGGCGUCUUAAUCGCAGGGGAAGGCUACGAGGCUUGGUCAAUGGGCCGCUGGUAUGACAAGUCGCGAGAGGAAGGUCUGAAUUUUGGACCUCAUUUCCGGUCGUUAACGAGCCUACACACAGAUGGUAAUCGUGUAUGCGCCGAUGCUACGGCGACCACGCAUCUGCAACCACCCAGCGCGAAAUCAGCGGGUACAUACUAUGCGGUCCAUCCCAUUACGCUCGACGCUUGCUUCCAAGCUGCCAUCAUGGGUGGCACUGCCGGAAACCUCAGCACUCUUCGAGCCUUUGUUCCUGUCUUCAUGGCUGAAUGCCGCGUCGAUAUACCAUCUCGUAACAUUCAGGACGGGCUUUCGGAUAACGAGUGCACAAUCCACACCCAUGUAGAGAAGACUGGCUUUUCUACACGCAAGGUAGAUUGCACGCUUCGACUUCCAGACGGGACACCGGCGAUAGAUGUCAAAGGCUUGCGCAUGUCGCUGUACACUGGGAAAGCCCCAGUGCAGCAGGCUGCCGGCGGCAACGUGAAUACUUUGUUCCUCCAGCGCCACCCUUGCCUCAGCAUUAUCUGGAAGCCCGAUGUGUCUCGCCUGGCCGUUAACGACCCUGAAGCUGAGGUCGCGCUGAAGAAGUACAUCAACGACUUCGCGAUUGGGCAAUCUGUUGACAUGAGGGAUAGCGAGCGUCUAGUCUCUCUAGGCGCCCUACUAGAUCUAGCCGGCCACGCAAACCCACGCAUGCGCAUCCUAGAGCUCGGUCAAGGUUGCCAAUGCAUAUCUCAGCAAUGCAUGCCCGUCCUUGGCAAGGACACAGCAUUCCCGCGCUGCAAAGUCUGGUCGCAGGGCCAUCUGAGUGACGAGGAUGAAACGAAGAUCGUCAUCGACGACGCCGAUGACCAGAGCCCUCAGCCAUUCGAUGUUGUCAUAGUUCACCACUUAUCCAUAGCGCAGAAAGUUUGGAGCCAAGCCCCUGAGCAAAUCUCAUCGCUAGUUUCCGACAAAGGAAUAUUUAUAUCUCGAAAAACUAACGAAGCUAUUGCGAGCCUUAAAUCCGCGGGUUUCUCGACGCUAGAUGUUCCUGGCGACUUGUUGUUAGGCGUACGUGACCCCAAGGCAUCGUCCGUGGUCAAAGGAAAAGACGUUGUCAUAUUGAAAUCAAACAAGCCUUCAUCUACCGUUGAGUUCUUUGCAAGCUCGUUGCAAACUUACUUGCAGCAAAAGGCCGGCGCCAAGACAACUCGCACAAUAGCGCUAUCGGAGCUUGACGAGAUCGAGAUGUCGGAACAGUUUGUGUGCAUUUCCCUGCUGGAAAUGGAGAGCGAGUUCCUUGCGACACUCAGUUCCAAGGACAUGAAUCGUCUCCGUAAGGUGACAGAUGUCGUUACUAGCCUACUCUGGCUCACAGGGGGAAACAUGCUUUCAGCUCCCAAACCAGACCUCACAUUAUCCAGCGGCCUAUCACGGGCGCUAAUGCUGGAACAGCCAUCCUUGCUAUUCACCGUAGCUGAUAUCGGAGCCGCCGAUCUCAACAACCCAGACAUAAUACAGUCAACGUGCGAGAACGUGUUGAGAGCGCUCGUGACAGGACAGCACGCGACAACCGACACCGAGUUUGUACAACUUGGGCCCCUGCUGCACAUUAGUCGUUUCUAUCCUGACUUGCCUAUCAACUCGCUGUUUAGGCAACGGAUGACACCGGAGGAUGAGCUAAUGAAGUCGGAGCCUCUGGGGUCAAUCGGCCCAGCUAGGCUGUCUAUCGGACAGGUCGGUAUGACGGACACAAUGCACUUCCAGCAGAUCUCCGAAGCGGGUGCAGGGACCAAGCAGCCGCCGCCAGGCUUCGUCGACGUAGAUCUAAAGGCCAUCAGUCUGAACGCCAAGGAUAUUUACACGAUGAGUGGCCGUGUUGAGACAAGGACAGCUACAACCGCGCUUGACUUCAGCGGUGUUGUGUCGGCGGUAGGACCUGAUGUAACACACUUGAAGCCUGGCGACCGAGUAGCAGGGUUGGCGCCAAAUUACUUCGGCACGACUGAGCGCGUCCCUGUUGCUGCUGUGCACAAGAUGCUGCCAGAAGAGAGCUUUACAGUCCUGCCUACUCUCUUGACCGUCUACAGCACCGCGCUGUUCGCAUUGCGGGAUCGCGCGCACCUUCGCGCUGGCGAGUCUGUUCUGAUCCACGCGGGCGCUGGCGCUUUCGGUCUUGCUGCUAUCGCUAUGGCGCGCCACAUGGGUCUUACGGUUUAUACUACUGUCGGAUCGGCCUCGAAGAGAGAGUACCUUGUGAACGAAAUGGGCGUACCAGAUGCACAUAUCUUCAACUCGCGUGAUGCUUCUUUCGUCGAUGGGAUCCAAGCUAUCACCAAUGGCAAAGGUGUUGACGUCGUUAUUAACUCACUCGUAGGUGACUUGAUGCAUGCUUCCUGGUCUUGCAUUGCCCCGUUCGGACGCUUUGUCGAGAUCGGUAAAAGAGAGUUGGUCGAUGCUGGUAAGCUAGAUAUGCACAUGUUCUUGAAGAACGCUACUUUUACGGCAUUCGAUCUGUCGGAGUUCUUCUACGCCGAGGAUCCGUAUUACCAGAACAUCUUCUACGGUCUUAUUGCUGAAGUUAUGGUUCUAUACCGCGAGGGUAAGAUCCAGCCUCCGCCGAUCGCAACCUUCGACAUUGCAGAUAUUGCGCAAGCAUAUCGUUACUUCAAUAACAAGGACCGUAUUGGAAAGGUGGUAGUAUCGAUGGAAAACUCGUCAAGCCGCGUGCCGGUUGCACCUUCGAAAUACAGGACCAUCUUGGACCCUGAGAAGUCAUAUCUGCUCAUUGGCUGCCUCGGCGGUCUGGGCCGCAGUUUGAGUCGCUGGAUGAUGUCAAGGGGUGCCCGUAAGUUCGUCUUUACGGGCCGUUCAGGCUGUGACAAGCCUAUGGCUAAGCAGUUGGUGUCUCGUCUGAGGAAUGGAGGAGCGACUGUGUCGGUCGUGCGAGGUGAUGUGUCAGACCCUGAACACAUACGCGAAGCUGUCGCGGCAUGCGAGGCUCUAGGCCCCAUUGGUGGUGUGGUACAAGCAGCUAUGGGGCUUCGUGAGGGCUUGUUUACGACAAUGCCUAACAGCGCAUGGCAUACAUCUAUCCAGCCCAAGUGGAAGGGGACGUGGAACCUCCACAACGCCCUUGAAGGCCACGACGCAGCAUUGGACUUCUUCCUCAUGACCUCGUCACUGUCUGGAAGCUGCGGUACAGCGACUGAAAGCAACUACUGUACUGCUAACGGUUUCCUUGAUGCAUUUGCGCAUUGGCGACGCUCACAAGGAAAGACCGCCAUUUCUCUGGGACUAGGAAUGAUCUCAGAAGUCGGAUAUCUGCACGAAAAUCCCGAAAUCGAGGCUCUACUCCUACGUAAGGGCAUCCAGCCUCUCAACGAAGACGAGCUACUGCAGGUGAUCGACUUCGGUCUGACACCUCCCGCCAAAUACCACGCCCAUAUCCUGACGGGUUUGGAAGCCCACGCUAUCAGGCGGUUGAUGGAGAAGGGCUUCGAUGUCAAUAACGGCAUCAUGGAGGAUCCGCGCACAUCUCUGCUAGCUGCCUCGCUGCUAGCUGAACAGGAGAGCAAAGAAGGCGCAAACCAAGCAGCAGGCCUCAAUCAGCUCGCCGCCGCGGCCGAGUGGGUGAGGGACGUGCCACCGGUCGCACAAGCUAUGUUCGCUGCUGAGGCAAGCGCGCCGACCAUGUUAGAGGCCGUCACGCGUCUCGCCAAGAAGCGCUUUAGUAACCUCAUCCUCAUGCCUGCCGACCAGGUUGACGUACACCAACCCCUCCCCUCGUUCGGUGUCGACAGCAUGCUCGCUGCCGAGUUUCGCACUUGGUUUUGGAACACUUUCAAGGUGGACGUACCCUACCUUGACAUUGUCAGCCCGCAGAAGAACCUCACCAAUCUUGCCGAGAUGGUGGAAGAGAAGUUACUGGCAAGCUGGAAAGAAUAGCCAUCGAAGAGAUCAGAAGUACAGUGUUAGCGGAUAGAGAAGACUCCAUGUAGUUUGGUGGUAGGAUGAUUGCUUGAUAUAUGUAUAUAGCCGCAAUGAUUUCCUUUUGAAGAUGUAACAGGGAAUUGAAGUCACUCUUUGAUUGUCCAGAUCACUUCUCAUUUUGUUUUGCCAGCUGUGACUAGGUACCUAGUCAUAAGCCACAGCAGUGGCGAGGCUACCCCAACUAUAGGUCACAGCAUAGCCUAUAAUGAUAGCGAGG